AAAACUAAAAAAGAACGUUUAAUAAAGGAUAUUAAAUUGCGAUAUAUUGCAUCAUCGUAGGAAUUCAUUUCGCGUAGGUUGUCGAGUGAAUUCAGCGAUCAGUCGCGGGGACAGCAGUUGCAGAGCAUUUCAGUCGCGAUUCAGUCGUGACCGUAGUGACCGGCAAUUCUGAUCGUACGGUACCGUGUGACUCGUUUGUAACAUGAGCGCCAACGUGGUAGACGACGUACAAAAUCUGACAUUGUCGGAGGAUAAGACGAAAUCAAUGAAGGCGCAUAAAAAGAAACAGGCAGCAAUGGAGAAGUCGGUGUCUGAACUUAAUCCUUGGCCCACGUACAUUCAGGACCGUAUUGUCUUGUGGGACAAAUUAAAAAAAGAGUAUGAGGAUGGAUUGGCUGCUAAGACUCCCGUAGAUAUAACUGUGACCCUCUUGGACGGCAAGGAAAUCCCUGCUCAAUCCUGGCGCACGACUCCUUACGACAUUGCGAAAAGCAUCAGCCAAGGACUGGCGGAUAAUACCGUGAUUGCAAAAGUCAAUAAUGCAUUGUGGGAUCUUGAUAGACCAUUGGAGGGUGAUUGCAAGCUGCAGUUGCUGAAGUUCGACGAUCCGGACGGUCAACAAGUGUUUUGGCAUUCCAGCGCUCACAUUCUUGGUGAGGCUAUGGAACGAGUUUAUGGCGGCUGCUUGUGUUACGGUCCUCCCAUCGAGAAUGGUUUUUACUACGACAUGUAUCUCGGCGAAAAGGGCAUUUCCAACAUGGACUUUCCAUACUUGGAAGGCUUGUACAAAAAUAUAGUUAAGGACAAGCAGCCAUUCGAACGGCUGGAGAUCACGAAGGAGAAUCUCCUGGAAAUGUUCAAGUAUAACGAGUUCAAGGUACGAAUUAUCAACGAGAAGAUACACACGCCCACGACCACGGCUUACCGAUGCGGUCCGUUGAUCGACCUGUGCAGGGGACCGCACGUGAGACACACGGGCAAAGUUAAGGCGAUCAGGAUCACGAAGAAUUCGUCGACGUACUGGGAAGGGAACGCUAACGCGGAAUCGCUGCAGAGAAUAUAUGGUAUAAGUUUCCCGGACACGAAGCAACUGAAGGAGUGGGAGAAAUUCCAGGAAGAAGCGGCGAAGCGGGACCACAGGAAGAUCGGAAAGGAACAGGAGCUCUUUUUCUUCCACGAGCUGUCGCCCGGCUCCUGCUUCUUCCAGCCGCGCGGCGCGCACAUAUACAACACCCUGGCCGAGUUCAUUCGCUCCGAGUACAGGAAAAGGGGGUUCCAGGAGGUGGUCACGCCAAAUAUUUAUAACAGCAAGCUGUGGCAGACCUCCGGGCACUGGCAGCACUACGCCGAGAACAUGUUCUCUUUCGACGUGGAGAAGGAGACGUUCGCGCUCAAGCCGAUGAAUUGUCCGGGUCAUUGCAUGAUAUUCGACGUACGAUGUAGAUCGUGGCGCGAGCUGCCGCUCAGGAUGGCGGAUUUCGGCGUGCUGCAUCGUAACGAGCUGUCUGGCGCGCUAACAGGCUUGACCAGAGUGAGACGCUUCCAGCAGGACGACGCGCACAUAUUCUGCUCCGUGGAGCACAUCAAGGACGAGAUGAUGGGCGCCCUCGACUUCCUGCGACACGUCUACUCCGUCUUCGGCUUUACAUUCAACUUGUGUCUGGCCACGCGACCCGAGAAAUUCUUAGGAGAUGCGGCGGUCUGGGAUCAAGCUGAGAGAGCGUUGGAGGAUAGCCUGAACGCGUUUGGCGAACCGUGGACCCUUAAUCCUCAGGACGGCGCUUUCUACGGCCCUAAAAUCGAUAUUACCAUCAUGGACGCGCUCAAGCGACCUCAUCAGUGCGCUACGAUACAACUGGACUUCCAGCUGCCAAUCCGAUUUAAUCUUUCUUACAUUAAUGAAGCAGGCGAGAAAACGAGACCGGUCAUUAUACACAGGGCUAUCUUGGGUUCGGUAGAGCGCAUGAUCGCGAUCUUGACCGAGUCGUACGGAGGCAAGUGGCCGUAUUGGCUGUCACCCCGGCAGGCGAUGAUCGUGCCCGUGGCAUCGCAAUUCAACGAUUACGCCUACGAGGUUGAACAGAAACUGUGGAACGCUGGGGUGAUGGUCGAAGUCGAUACUGAUUCAAGUGAUACUUUAAAUAAGAAGAUACGCAAUGCUCAACUUGCACAAUUCAACUUUAUUCUUGUCGUGGGCGAGAAGGAACAAAUUGCUGGUACAGUGAACAUAAGAACGAGAGAUAACGUGGUACAUGGGGAAAUGGCAGUGGAAGAGCUGAUCGCAAAAUUGAAAGUCCUGAAGGAAAGCAAGGAUCAAAGUGGCAACUUGAAGCCUUAACUGAAUCUUUUCUAUUAAAACUAUUUUAUUUAUUUCUAAUAAAUGCAUUUUGAUAAACUUAAUGAUGAACUUAAUAGUUGCACGAAAUCGCUCUUUGUGCGAUAAAUGAUUGUUAUUCUUACCGUUUUGAAAAUAUAUUUUUUUCAGCUUUUCCUUUUGCAGGAAGAUAAAGACAACAAUUAUUAUCAUGAAAAAAGUUUUUAAUUUUAUAUGAAUCCAUGUAAGAUAUAUAUGUAGUCGCAUUCAUUCUCUAUGAAUGUGAGAAUCAAUUCAUGUUACACUGUGUAGCAUUUAUUAUAAAUGUAAUUAAAUUAUCAAUUAUCUUA